UCUGUUGUAGCAGAUGAUGACGUUUGUGUAAGUGAAGAGCCAACAGUGCGCAUUCGUGGUCCAAACGGUCUCUGCGUUGACGUUCGGGAGGGAUAUUACAAUGACGAAAAUCCAAUACAAUUGUGGCCAUGCAAAUCCAAUAAUGAUGUUAACCAAUUAUGGACCUUGAAAAGGGAUGGCACAAUUCGCUCUAAUGGUAAAUGUUUGACUGCUUACGGAUUUACAGUAGGACAAUAUGUGAUGAUCUACAAUUGUUCAACUGCUGCUACUGAUGCCACCAUUUGGAAAGUACGGAUGGACGGAAGCAUAAUAAGUCUCAAAUCGAGACUAGAUCCCCGAUCAAGACUCGCCCUUAGUGCACCCUCUGGAAGCUGUGGCACCACACUCAUUUUGGAUACUAAUACUUUUGCCCCUGCCCAAGGAUGGCUUGCCACCAAUAACACACAAGAUUUAGUCACAUCCAUUGUUGGAUUUUGUACUGGUCUUUGCUUGUAUGGAAGGUAUGGCAAAGGAGAGGUGUGGAUGGCAGAGUAUGGAAGAAACAAGUGGGAACAGUGGGUUUCUUAUCCAGAUGGCUCCAUAAGACCGAAUCAAGAUCAUGACUUCUGCUUAACUUGCAAGAAUGAUCAUGUCUUUAUUCUUUCUUGUAGUGCUGGGCGAUCUAGCCAGCGCUGGAUGUUUAGGGAAGAUGGUACCAUUUUGAACUUGUUCAGCGGCAUGGUGAUGGAAGUGAAGAUGAUUUCCAACCCAAGCCUUUAUCAAAUCAUUAUGCGGCCACCAUCUAGAAAUCCAAAUCAGAAAUGGCUUCGUAUCCCUAUUAACUAAUUACUAG